AUAAUUAAUGCUUAAUAAAAGCUGACGGAGGUGUGACAGUUUCAGCCAAUCAAAACCAUUGUUUUGAAGCCCGGUCAAGGUUAUAAGAUAAGGCAGGUUCAGUUUUGGCUUUAGCAGAGUUUUAAGCAGGAAUUUAAAAUAGAAAUAGAAAAGUAGGAAUACAUACAAACAGUUUUAAUCGUACAAUAUGGACGCAGGAUUGUCUCCAGCUAAGAGGGCAAAAAUGACAGCGAACGGAACGAACGGGACGCAUGACAACGGCGAAAACCAGCGGGUGGCCGGAAGUUACGUGCAAGAUUUUGAAGACAAAGAUGGGAGCUCGUCUAUCCUCUUCACUGUUUCCGAGAAUAUUGGCGCCCUCGCCAGUGCCCUUAAAGUUUUCAAGUCCCACAAAGUCAACCUGAUUCACAUCGAGUCGCGGCCGUCCCGGAAAAGCAAGGAUGAGUACGAGUUCUAUGCGGACUGCGACAACCAGACGGGCGGCCUCAAGGACGCCAUCCACGACCUCAAGGCCAAAGGGUGCUCCAUCACACUGCUCUCCCGGAAACAUCAGCGCGGAUCUGGACGUCGCUCAACGAGCGAAGCGUCAGAAGUCCCCUGGUUUCCACGGCACAUCCGGGACCUUGACCGGUUCGCCAACCAGAUCCUGUCCUACGGCUCCGAGCUAGACUCCGACCAUCCGGGAUUUACCGACCCCGUCUACCGCGCGCGCCGGAAGGAAUUCGCCGACAUCGCGUUUAACUACAAACACGGAACACCAAUUCCAAGUGUUAAAUAUACACCCGAUGAAAUUAAGACAUGGGGGACGAUAUUUCGUGAGCUGACGAAGCUGUACCCGACGCAUGCGUGUCGUGAGUUUAACCACGUGUUUCCGCUGCUCCAGGACAACUGCGGCUUCCGGGAGGACAAUAUCCCACAUCUUGAGGACAUCUCUAAUUUCCUGCAAGACUGUACUGGGUUUCGGUUGCGGCCGGUGGCGGGGCUGCUGUCGUCACGUGACUUCCUGGCGGGGCUGGCGUUCCGUGUUUUCCACUCUACCCAGUACAUCCGCCAUGGCUCCAAACCCAUGUACACGCCUGAACCUGACGUGUGUCACGAGUUGCUGGGCCACGUGCCGCUGUUCGCGGACCAGGCGUUCGCGCAGUUCUCGCAGGAGAUCGGGUUGGCGUCCCUCGGCGCCCCGGACGAGUACAUUCAGAAACUCGCAACCUGUUACUGGUUCACGGUGGAGUUCGGGCUGUGUCGCCAGGAGGGGCAAGUGAAGGCGUACGGGGCUGGCCUCCUUUCAUCCUUCGGGGAACUACAGUACUGUUUGAGCGAUAAACCUGAGACACGCGCGUUCGAGCCUGCCAAGACAGCGGAACAGAGCUACCCGAUCACAGAGUUUCAACCCGUGUACUUCAUCGCCGAGAGCUUCGAGUCAGCCAAACAGAAAAUGAGGGAUUUCGCUGCAACAAUCCCGCGGCCGUUCACGGUCAAGUACAACGCGUACACACAGUCCGUGGAAGUGAUCGAGUCCAAGGAGCAGCUCAUCAGCCUCGCCAGGAACAUCAAGUCCGAAAUGACACUGUUGGAAGAUUCCAUCUCCAAGUUCGGUGGCCACUAGAGUGUAUAUAUCUGACUUGAAUAUGAAUAUUACUGUAUACCAUGUCACUGUGUGUUAAUGAAUAAUGUAUUUAACAAUCUGUGUAUCUAUAGAAUAACAUUGUUUGCUCAAUGUAUUCAAUCUCACUUGAACUUUGCUCAAUAAGAUGUAAAGUAAUUUUGAAAAAAAAAUCAUAUUACUGUCGAGCCUCGUUGGCUCGAAAUAACCUCGAGCCUCGGGAAUAUCGAGCCAAGCGGGAAUGCUUACCUUAAGUAUGUAGAAAUCGGUAUUUUACAUCCAGUUCGAAACAACGAGGAAAUCGAGCCAAGCGAGUUCGAGCCAACGGGGUUCGACUGUAUAUCAUAUUAUCAUGUGUCCAUUUGGUUAUGAUGUAGGCAAAGAAUAUCAUUUUGUCAUUUUGAUGAAAAUAAUUAUGUUGUAAAUACAUGUUCCCAAGUCUACGUUGUUUGUAAAACUUGGAAUAUCGCAUGUCCUUUAUGGUGUAGGGAUACUGUAUGUACAUUUAGAAGAUGAAAUAUAUUUUAAUGAAGUUUA